UUCCCUCUCAGCUUUUCUCUUUUUUUUUCUCUCUCGCAAUUUUCAAAAAAAGAAUCUUCUUCUUUGUUUUGAACAAACAAAACGUGUCUUCCUUUAUUUACUUUCUGGCAUUUGUUUCAAUUUUGAAACUUGAGUCUCCGUCAGACUACAACUCUUGUUGUGUUCUUUAGUUUUAUGAAAUUACGUAUCAAGAACUGAGAGGAUGAUGAAAAGAUCACCAUUUCGUUACAAGAUGAGGCAGAGUCUCUCUGAUAUCACUAACUCUGAGUCUCACGAAGAGCUUAAUACGUGUUCCGAAUCGCGUGAACAUGUAAACCGGCUAAUGAAGGAGAAUAUAACAUUGGUUAAGCUUCUUGAGGAAAGAGAUAAAACAAUUGAGCUAAGUAGAUACGAAUUGCGGAAUCUACGUGAAGGCAUACAGAAAUUGCAAGUUCAGAAUUGGAGCCUUGCUCAAUCAAAUUCCCAAUUCUUAGGCGAGAUCAUUUUAGCCAGAACCAAGGUGAAAGCAUUGCACCACGAGGUUACUUGCAAAGAUGCUCUCUUAAAGUAUAAAUGUUGUGAACUAGAGAGAGGCGAAAACACACAACAGAGAAAUGUACUAACAAGUGAGAAUGUGUUAGAUAUAACCGACGAAGACUCACCGUCACCGAGACCUUUUGUACCAAACAGAAGGCGAUUUAUCAGAAGCAAAUCCUUAGGAGCAUCUACUGCACACAAAAUUGAGGCAGAAAAAGUGAAAUCUGAAACCAAAAGGAGGCAGUCACGAAGGAGAUCAGCGAGAGUGAGAUCAGCAGCUCAAGAAUUGACUGAGAAUCUGUUUGAGAUCGAAGAUCUUCAGCUUACAAUGCCUAAUGACAUGGAGUCACAUGCUGGAAAGAAAGAAGAGGCAGAGUUACGAACAAGACAUCAAAAUUUUAAGGUCCAUGGAUCACCAGUCGAUCAACCAUUGCGUAGAGCAGCUGAGAAGAUACAUCCAUAUAAGGAGGUUUCUCUUGUUACUAAGAUGAGAAGGUCCUAAACUCCUAAUACAUUAGUGAAAAAUGUUUGUUAUGCCAUGGUUUUCUCUUGAGAUACUACCAAUGUCUAGAUAUGUGUACUUUGUAGUACGAAAAACCACUAACAUAUUCAUCUAUAUAACCUUAUAGGGUCCGUAUAUAUAUAUAUCAGAAGUUCGUUAAUUAUCAAAAGUUUCCGGUGGUGACUAAACUGACUUGUGUAUAUGUUGGACAUAAGUGCAUGAUUAUUCUGUAAAAUUUGAUCUUUAGAGUCUUGGUAAAGACUCUAAAGAUCAAAUUAUUAUUUUCAAAAUAAUUUUAAAAGCUAAAUUAUCGUUUUUAAAAAUAAUUUUUUAAGUUCUAUUAUACAUAGAUAAACAUACUCAGUUAAAGGAGCUGCGAGUAAAGGAUUUUUGGAGUGAUGAGUCUGGUUGGUCGUUGGAGAGACUGUCACCUUACUUGUCCCCACAUAUUCAACUGGAGCUGGCAGCAAUGGUGGUUGAUACUGGGUCUGGUGAGCGGGAUAGAUUGGCUUGGGGGGAGACAGCCGAUGGUAAGUUCACAAUGACGUCUGCAUAUUCGC